AUGAAAGUGGGACAGAUGGAGGUGGGACAGAUGGAGGUGGGACAGAUGGAGGUGGGACAGAUGGAGAUGGGACAGAUGGAGAUGGGACAGAUGGAGGUGGGACAGAUGGAGGUGGGACAGAUGGAGGUGGGACAGAUGGAGAUGGGACAGAUGGAGAUGAAACAGAUGGUGGUGGAACAGAUGGAGAUGGAACAGAUGAAAGUGGGACAGAUGGAGGUGGGACAGAUGGAGAUGGGACAGAUGGAGAUGGAACAGAUGGUGGUGGAACAGAUGGAGAUGGAACAGAUGGAGAUGGGACAGAUGGAGAUGGGACAGAUGGAGAUGGGACAGAUGGAGAUGGGACAGAUGAAAGUGGGACAGAUGGAGGUGGGACAGAUGGAGAUGGGACAGAUGGAGAUGGAGGUGGGACAGAUGGAGGUGGGACAGAUGGAGGUGGAACAGAUGGUGGUGGAACAGAUGGUGGUCGAACAGAUGGAGGUGGGACAGAUGGAGAUGGGACAGAUGGAGAUGGAACAGAUGGAGGUGGGACAGAUGGAGAUGGAACAGAUUGAGAUGGAACAGAUGGAGAUGGAACAGAUGGAGGUGGGACAGAUGGAGAUGGAACAGAUGGAGAUGGGACAGAUGUGGUGGAACAGAUGGAGAUGGAACAGAUGGAGAUGGGACAGAUGA